CAGAGCUCAUCAACUUCACUGGUAAACUGUGUGCAAUCAUGUGUUAGUCACAAGGUUGGAAACAAAGGUCACCUAAUCUUCUCUCAGUUUGUCACAAACAUUCAGGAUGUUGAAAACACCAGACAUGCUUCUUUUCUUCUGUCUUGUUGGGGCAGCGGAUGCCCUGCACAAACAGUGGAUUCCGGACACCAACUAUGAGAAUAAGACCAACUGGGAUAAAGAAAAUGUUCCAUGUGGCAACGACAUAGUUCAGUUUCCAGCCCAAAGAAAGGUGUCGGUGUUUGUGGAGACCACACAUGCUGUCAAGGAGAUGAAGCUGCCAGUUGAUGGAGAGUUCAUCCUGAAUUCAGGAGCUGGAUUUUAUGUUGUCAGAGGACAAGAUUUGGGCUGCGGAGCAGGUGUCACGACUCAAUUCAAAGAUUCAGAGUCUCUCCAGUGGUUUAACCCAGCUCUGUGGCAGGCAGCUGAAACUCUGGAUGACCUGCAGCGUGGGAAUUUCUUAUUCUCAGUCCACGAGGAGAGUGUCCCUUGCCAGUAUGAUGAUGUGGUUUUUAAAGCCCGCUCCUCUUUCAGGGUGGACACCAGCUCCAGUCAGUCUAGCAUUCCUGUAAAAUCUGUAUCUGUGCUGGGGAAGAAGUUUGACAGCGGAUCUGAGUUCUCCAAUUAUCUCAGCUCACGUUCAGGCCUGCUGCAGUUUCAAGGAUCCUCUACCUUCUCUAUUGGAAACCAAGAGUGUGGGGAUCCUUCUGGCUGUGACUGUGGGAAUUCUAUGAACCAUCAGCAGAUCUGUAAGAGUGUAACAUGUGCCUCUCUGAGCUGUAAGAAGCCUCUUCUCCCCGUGGGACACUGCUGUGAUGUUUGUGGUGCCAUUGUUACCAUCCAAUACACCGCUGGGUUCAACCUGCAAACUUACAGGCAACGAAUUCAUCACCUAUUUCUUGUCCUGCCACAAUAUAAUUCCAUUCAGCUGGGCAUGUCUAAAGUAUUCAAGUCACAGCGGCUGAUGGGGGUCAUCCCUUCUGGUACCUCACCGGAAAUCCAGGUGCUUAUCGUGGAUGGAGAGCAGGGAACACUGUCAGAGGUUCUGGCGAGGGACAUAAUGAAGGAUGCCCAUGCUCAUGGCCCAAACCUGGGAAUCAAUGGGGCUGAAUUUCAAGCCUCCUCUGGGGGCAGCAGUGGUCAGACUGGUGGUAGUGCUGGGAUGGUGGCUGGAGUUGUGUUUGGAGUUUUGAUUAUGAUUACACUCAUCAUUAUCAUGGUCGUCCUGAUUCGUAAGGGGGUUAUUCAAAUGCCAUCAUCAGUGCCUUCUCUGAGCAGCUUCAAGAAAAGCAGCGACGUUACAGACCUUGGUGGGCCUCUUGACCACGGCUUUGAUAAUCCCAUUUUUGACCAGCCAAGCAUGCUGCCAGAUAUUCCUGGUGUGUAUGCAACUGAAACAAAUAAUUCAAUCUCCAUGACUCAGACUGGUGUACACUUUGUGAAUCCAGUUUAUGACGAGAAUGAAACUGAUUUUAAUAUCUGAAGUUGACUGCAGUAAACUUUAAGAAUGUUAAUGAUUUCCAAAGCACUUUUUUUAUCUUGAUGAUUUUACAAACCCUUCAUAAACAAUAAAUUAUAUUAUAGCUUUAUACCAGUUCAGCAAAU